AUGACAAAAUUCAGUAACCUAAACCUGAAAAGGGUUAAGUCAAAUCUGAAAUACACCGAGUCAAAGUUGGUAAAAGAAAGACCACGGUAAGAGGAAGAAAUACUAAAAAAGCCACUAUCAUAUAGGUAUCACGCAGAAAAAGGCAUCGCGCUAAAAGGCAACACGCAAAAAGGCAUCACGCAAAGAGGCAUAACGCAAAGAGGUAACACGGAAACAGACAUAACGCAAAAAGGCAUCACGCAAACAGGCAUCACGCAAAUAGGCAUAACGCAAAGAGGUAACACGCAAACAGACAUAACGCAAAAAGGCAUCACGCAAACAGGCAUCACGCAAAUAGGCAUAACGCAAAGAGGUAACACGCAAAAAGGUAUCACGCAAAGAGACAUAACGCAAAAAGGCAAAACGCAAAAAGGCAGCACGCAAAGAGGCAUAACGCAAAAAGGCAUCGCAAAAAAGUCAAUUUGCAAAAAGGGCAUCACGUGA